AUGGCUGAGGCGGCAGCCCCCUGGGGGCGGAAGCGGGGAGAGGCCCACGCGCUCCGCCGGACGGUGAAGCUGCUAGAGCGCCUGGAACAGCAAUGCGGGGACCCCCGGCUUGCCUCCAGUCCCCCCUCGCUGCAGGACCUGCUGCCCCGCACCGCGCAGCUGCUGCGCGACGUGGCGGACGCCGGGCCACGCCCGGCCCACGCCGAGGGUCCCGGCGGCGCGAGGGACUUUCUCGUCGUCUACCUCCACAACCUGGUGGCCAAGAGCAAGCAGGUGGCGGCCCUGCUGCAGCCCCAGGGGCGGAAGGGUGUCAAUGAGGAGGUCUUCCGGGAGGGCUCCAGACCCAGGCGACAGCUGGCCAAGCUGGCCCUCGUCUUCAGCUACAUGCAUGCGGAGCUGAGCGGACUCUUCCCCGGGGGAAAGUAUUGCGGACACACGUACCGGCUCACCACCGACCUGGCCCAUACCUUCUGGAGGGAGUACUGCGGAGCCCGGUGUGUGCUGACCUGGGCUGAGUUUGAGUCCAUCCUGUGCACCUGCCACCCAAUGGAAUCAGGCUCCACGGCCCUGGCCUUACGCUCCACCGUCAACCUCACCUGCAGCGGCCACGUGUCCAUCUUUGAAUUUGACAUCUUCACCAGGCUCUUCGAGCCGUGGCCAACGCUCCUGAGGAACUGGCAGCUCCUGGCAGUCAACCACCCGGGCUACAUGGCCUUCCUCACGUACGAGGAGGUCCAGGCACGUCUGCAGGCCUGCAGGGACAAGCCAGGCAGCUACAUCUUCCGGCCCAGCUGCACCCACCUGGGACGAUGGGCCAUUGGAUACGUGAACUCGGACGGCAGCAUCCUUCAGACGAUUUCUCUCAACAAACCCCUGUUCCAAACACUCCUGGACGGACAGAAGGGAGGCUUCUUCCUCUACCCGGAUGGGAAGAACCACAACCCAGACCUUACUGAGCUCUGCCAGCUAGAACCCCGUCAGCGCAUCCAUGUGUCACAGGAGCAGCUGAAGCUAUAUUGGGCCAUGGACUCCAGGUUCGAGCUCUGCAAGAUCUGUACCGAGAGGGACAAGGAUGUGAAAAUCGAGCCAUGUGGACACCUGCUCUGUAGCAGCUGCCUGGACGCCUGGCAGCACCCUGAUAGCCAGACGUGCCCCUUCUGCCGCGGCGAGAUCAAAGGCCAAGUGGCCGUGAGUAUCCAUCCAAUUCAAGGGAAGCCAGAGGAGGCCACGGCCACUGCUGAGUUCCUGAGGGACACCAGUAACCAGGAAGAUGGGGAGGAGCUGGGGCAGGUGGCUUCCUCCGAUCCCCCUCGGCUGAAUGCAUCCUCAGCUAAAGGCUGGCUGAAAGUGGCACCUCUGGCCCUUCCCAGACUUCAGAGCCCUCUUCCCUUGCCAAGAAUUAAGAUUGCGGCCUUAGUCCCAUGGGACAUCUCCUCCAACCCUCAGGCCAGGGAAGGAGCCACAGGAAACUCCUAAAAGAAAAGUCACCCCUCUGGCUGCCCCCAUGGGGCCCGUGAUUGCUGCCCAGGCACAGGGGCCGCCUUGCAGGCCACCAGAUGUGCUGCUGAAGGGAGUCCCAGGGGCUGCAAGGGGUUUGUGAAUAAUAAACUGCCAAGCCUG